GGCAUGUCGAGCGUCAAACGAGUCUGCCUAAGGGUGUCUGAGAGUUCUGCAGAGACUACCGUGCUUUGAUUCAUACCUAUUUUAAAUACUGUAUGGAUAUGGACGAUCCUGAGUAUGAGCCGGUGUAUGCUGAAGCAAGAAGUGUGGAUCCGACACUAAGAGCAUGUCUCAGUCUGGAGGAGAUCAGUUUGAGUGAGGAUUGGUUGUUAAACAAGACGGUAAAGGCAACUCCAGCUCCUGUUCUACCAGCCCCUGUUUUAGCUAGAGCAGCCCCUGUCCCUGGGCCUGUGGGAAGAUUUAAAUAUUUACAAGUGGUUGAUAGCUCGGAUCAAGUUGACAUCCUGAACCUAACAAAACAAGACAUCCAGACGAUGAAGAGAGAAUUUGUGAUAUUUAGUAGGGGGAUCAAAGCAAAUGAAACUGAUCCGGCCAAAUUUUGGUGAAGAACAAAGGCAUUCUCAAUAAACCUCCC